GAACAGGCUAUGCGCACGCGCUGGGCAGGCCUUCAUGGCAGCGCCACAUGAUGAUGUGGAUGGCGAAGAGGACGAGGAUUAUGCUGGAGUGCUGCCAGGAGUGCCAAUUGUUUCAGGGACUAUCUAUCCCCCAGCAUCGGAACCUCAGGAGGCUGUAAUAAAUGACCCCAAACUCUUCUGGUCGACGCUGCGUGAGCUUCACAAGUGGCUCGGCACUCAUCCUUUGCGAGUGCCCACCGUCAGCGGCCAGGAGCUUGACCUCUACCUGCUAUAUAAGCAGGUGUGCGAGUACGGCGGGGUGUUGCAGGUCAUAAGCGAGAAGAAGUGGAGCGAGGUAUGCGACCCAUUCAACUUUUCCAAAAGCUUCACUUCCAAGUCGUGGACCAUCCGGCGGCUAUACUGUCAGCUGCUGUGGCACUACGAGCAGAUCUACUGUCAUGGGAACACCGGCCCACUGCUCCUACCGCCCUUCAACCAGCCCCAAGCGAGAGGGACCCAGCCGCAGCCCAAAGCAACGGGCGGCCGGGGGAAAGCUGGCGGCGGCGGCGGCGGGCGGGCCCGGGGCCGCGGCCGGGGCCGGGGCCGCGCCGCCACUUCUACGCCGCCCGCUUCUGGCGGGAGCGAGGGCCCCUCACCUGAGGAUGCGGAGACGGACACGGACCCUGAGUCUUUGCCCACACGCGGGCGCGGACGGGGGCGGGGCCGGGGCCGAGGUCGUGGGCGCGGGCGGGGCCGCGGGCGCGGGGUCAAGCGGCAGCGCGAGGACGGCGAUACCGCUGACGAGGGCGAGGGCGAGGCCGCUGCCGCGGCGGUGGGGCUGCUGGGUGACGUGGACAACGCGGCGCUAGAGGACGAGACGGACUGGUUGGUCCAGCAGCAGCACCUGCUGCCAGCGAACGGCGCCGUCAACGAGCAGGACCAGGCCUCGGCGGCCUACGGCCUGCUGACAGCCCAGGCGCUCGGCCUCGGCGCAGGCAGCGGCAGUGGGGGCGCUGGUGCAGGCGGCGGCGCUGGUGGCGGUGCUAACGGGCUUACAGGAGGGGCUGGAGGCGCCGUUGCGGCCGGAGGCUGGCCAGGGCUCGGGCAAGGGCUGGGUUCAGGGCAUCUCUCGGCGCCGGCGCUGUUCGCAUCAAAUGGCGGUGGCCAGCUUGGGGGCUUGGCGCGGCCUGCGGGAGCGCCAGCGGCGGUGGUGGCAGCGUCAUCAGAAGAGGCUGGGUCAAGUCAGCAGGCAGGGCAGCGGCCUCCUGCGGCGGCGGUGAUCGGGGCCGCAGGCAACGGCAACGUCACGGUCAUUGCCGACCUUGGCGAUGGCCGGAGGCGACGAAUGGUGGCCGUGCGAGUGAACCCGGGUGAGGCACCGGGCCUGCAGCCGCCGGAGGCGGGUGCGGCGCAGUUGGUGCAGCCGGUGCCAGCGGGAGGGGCGCCUCAGCCGGGCAUGGGCUUGGAGGGUGGCGCACUCCAGCGAACAUUAUCGCAGAUGCGGCUCGCACAGCCGCAGCUGCCGCCUGCUCAGCAGCUGCUGCAGCCACAGUCACGACAGGCGGCCGUACCUCCUGCGCUGAACCAACCCGGUUCAUCGGCAUGGCGUGCCGCGGGGUUACCACCACAAGAGCAGGACGAGCAGCCGCAGCAGCAACAGCAGCAGCAGCAGCCGCAGAUGGUGCAGCGCAGGCUCCCGUCGCAGCAAGGACAGCAAGCGACUGUGCCAGAAUUGGGGGCGGCGCGGCUAGGUGACCCGCCUGCCCCUUUGGAGAACCCGCUUGGGGAGCUAUUGGAGCGCGGGCGCUCCGCUCGGUCGCUCUUCUCCGCACAGCCGGGUCAGCUGGGACCGGUAAGCAGCGCUCUGCUGCAGCCGCAGCUGCUGCAGCUCCUGCUGCAACAACAGCAGGAGCAGGCGCUGGGGCAGGCGCAGGGGCGGCAUCAGGCGCGGCAGGCGCAGCAGCAGCCACACGGGCAGCAGACGCAGCGACAAGGGUGGAUGGAGCAGGGGCCGCAGGGGCCGGCUGCCAACAGUGGGCAAGUGCGUGUGAACGUGCUCGGGCAGCCAUUGCCCCUAUUCCACGUCAACAUGGGGCCGGCUGCGCCGAAUGCAGCCUGUGAGCAGGCGCAGCAGCCUCCGGGCGCGGCCAUGGGCCUCGCGCCUACCCCACCGCAGGCAGGCGGCGACGGCGCUGAGGUCCCAUUUCUAGACAGCGAUGGAGGAGAUGGUGGAAGCCCUGGGUACGGCGCGAUGCCGUCGCCCGUGAUGGAUGGUGUGAGGAAUGGUGACGCGCCCGCUGGGCCAGGGCCAGGGCCGGGCCCCGCACAGCGAGGGACUGGCGCCACCCAGGCGCCGGGCACGGCCAAUGCGCUGGCACCUACACCGCAGGCCCGCGUGCCACCACUAGCUCUGCGGCAGCAGCAGGGCCAGCAGUUAUCAGGGGCCCCUGCGCAGGCACCCUCACAACCAACGGACAGGAACAGUGCGUUGCGGCCUCUAGCGGGGCCGCUGCAGGCAGCACCUGCAAGGCAGCCGCCGCCGCCGUUGCCGCCGCCAGCGCGGCCGCAGCAAGUACAGCAACAGGCGGUGCAGCAGGCGGCGCAGCAGGCGGCACAGAGGCCAAAGCCGCCAGCGCUGCCAAUGGGUUCAGUACCGCCACCCUCAGCCCGAGCCUCGCAGCAACCACAGCCCCAACCCCAGCGGCCUCAACAGCUACGGCCGCCGCAGCAGCCGACGGGGCCCGGGCGGCCCUCGCCAGGGCACAGGCAGCCACCCCAAGCACCAACGCCCGCACAGGUUCAGGCGCUGCAGGCGCUGCAGGCAAUACGUGCACAAGCGCCCGCCGCGAUGCUUGCAGCAGGGAGCUCUCCUGUCCAGAGCCCUGUGGGUCGGGGUCCAGCAGCUCCGGCUACCGCUGCGGUGCCUGCAGCAGCGGCCGUUGCCUCUGUGGCCGCUGCCCAUGCAUCCCCGGUGGCUCUUGCCCCGGCCCCGGCUCGUGCCGCACAGGCGCCGUUGGGUGCCGCCCCCGCAUCCACGCCCACUGCAGCCCGAGCCGCUGGAGGGGCGGCCUCCUCGGCCCUCGUACUCGCCCGUGUAGCCCCGCAGGGGUACCAGCUGCCGCCGCCAGUGCCACAGCUACUGCCGCCGCCCUUCCCCUACCCUCCGGCCCUGGUCGCAAUGGAGGAGGGCCUAGCAUCGUCAGAAGAUGACGAUGACGGCGCCCACGCGGACGAGAGCUAUCGCAGCCAGCGGCCACCAGAGCCGGGCGAUGUGUUCACAGGCACCGUGUCGUCGCUUUUCGACACCGGCUGCUUCGUGACCAUCCGCUUGCACGGCCGCGUCUUCCGGGGCAUGCUGUACAACACGCCCUGGGCACAUGAGCGGGCGGAGCGGCAGGCGGAGCGGCGCCGCCGCCGCCGCCAGCAGGGGCAGCAGGAGCAACAGGAGCCGGGGCAGCAGCAGCAGCAGGUGCCGAGGGCUGUGGGCGAUGUGGCUGUGGCUAGGCCGCAGCAGGGGCAGCCGCAGCCGCAGGGCGGCGCGAUGCCAGCGCGCGCUCUGCAGCACCCGGACCAGUUAGCACCUGAGCAGCGCCAGCAGCGCCAGCAGCCCAUCCCGCACCUGCAGCAGCAGCGGCAGCAGCAGCAGGAGCAGCACCAGGAUUCGCUGUCGUGUGCACAGGGGCAGGCGCAGCCGCAGCAGCAGCAGGAGGGGGAGGUGGAGGACUGGCAGCAGCACGUCGGUUGGCAGGGCGUUGAGGACGCGCCCGAGGGCGGUCCGGACCAGCAGCCUUACGGCUCAGACGCUGGCGGGAUGGACGCCGACGGCGCCGGAGGGCAGGAGCGGCGGUUGGACAUAGGCGGGUCUCGAACAGCCAGCGUCGGGGAUCGGUUGGAGACAGAGGCGGAGGCCCCUGGAGUGCCUGGCAACGGGCGCACAGCCGACACUGCUAGCGACGCCCCGCAGGCCGGCGAUGCAGCGGGCGGUGCCGGAGGCAACCUGCUAGGCACCGGUACCGCCGGCAACCUGCAUGCUGGGGAGCCACUGGGGCCAGCCGCGACGCCGCUGUCGGCGCCACAGGACCCCCGUCCAAGGCCAUUCUCGCAGCAGCUGCAGCCCCUACAGGUGCCGGUACAGGCGCCGCUGCCGCUGCCGCAGCUGCAGCCGCAGCAAGCGUUGUAUGGCGUGGCUGGGUCGGCGUUGCGGCCGGCCGGGGGCGCGACGCAGCCCGAGGACGAUAGCGGGCAGCCACCCCCCGCGAAGCGACAGCAGCUGAUGCACAGUCAGCCGGCCGCGCUGGAGCAGGCCGGUGGCAGCACUCCAGCUGCUGCCAUGGCGGACGCCGGGGCCUUGGGAGCAGCUGCAAGCAGCCCGGCGGCAGCGCUUCCAAACGGGCCGGUGUCGGGGUUGCCAAACGGGGUAACGUUGGGGCUUCCCAACGGGCCGGGGCCGAGGCUCCCUACCAGGCGGGGGCCCCGGCUGAUAGUCGUGGCCCCCGCUGGCCCCGUCCGACCGCGCAGGCCGCCGCCUGCUGCGCAGCAUGACCCGCAGGGCAGGGAUACCGGCAACCGGGCUGCAGCUGCCACCCCGCCGCCGCCAGCAGGCGCGCCAGCUACCGGCGGCACCUCCGGGGACCUCGCGACAGCUGAUGCCGGUGCCGACAUACCUGACAUGGCCGCAAGAGUGGGCGGUGCCCACCGGCCGUCAUGGGUGGCGAACCGGCGGCAACCAGCGGUAUGGCCACAGCCGGCGGCGCCGCGCGUGCAGCCUGCCCGCGGCGCAUUUAUCUUCUUCUUCGCGGAUAAGCAGGAUGGCGUGCAGGCAGCGCACCCGGGCGUGGACGCCAUGGAGCUCAACCGCAGGGUGGGCAUGCUGUGGAUGCAAGCCGGGCCGGCAGAGAAGCAGCGGUAUGGGCACCUGGCGGAGGAGGACCGCCGCCGCUAUGAGCGCGAGGCAGCAGAGGCGGGGGCCUCCGGCGUCACCACGGCGCCGUCGGGGUCGGGCGAUGAGCUGCUGCCGCGCGGUGACACGGCUGCAGCCGCCGCAGCAGGGGCCGCAACAGGAGCAGCGGCAGAAGGCGCAUCGGCUGCAGCCGCUGCGGCGGCGCUGGUGGUUGUGGAUAGAGCCCAGUCGGCAGGGCCAGGUGCAGCAGGAGGGCCGCCGGGAGGUGGUGCCGCGGGCGCAGCCGCACCGGGGGCUGUCGCAAGGGGGCCUGCUGCAGCAGGCAUUGGAGCUGGGGCGGCCAGCGGGCUUGGCGGAUCCGAGGAAGCAGGCCUAGGCCGCAGUGCAGCCCCGGCUGAGGCAAAUGCGGGUGCGGCUGCUGGGCAGGGCUCGGGGAGGGCUUUACCGAUGCGCGAGGAUGCUGCGCCCGGAGGCAGUGCCGCGUUGCUGCCGCCGGCACGGCCGCAGCGCCCGCCCUUGCCUUUGCCGCCAGCGCAACAGCAGCAAAUAGAUCAGCAGCAACAACGGCAGCGCACCGCUCCGCCGCCGGCUCUGCCACUGCAGACACGGCGUGGUGCUCCACCUGUGGGCCCGGCCGCUGUUGCACGGCCAACACCGGUGUCAGGAGCCCAGCCCUCUGCGCGGCUGCCGGCAGCACCCGAGUCUUCGUCAUGGAUUAUGGCUUCGGCGGCAACAGCGGCUGCAGCAACUGCAGCGGCGCUAGCAGCAGAGGUGGCUGCGGCAGCUGGCGGGGCGGGGUUUGGAGGCUCCAACCUGCCGCUGCCGCCCGGCGGCUCAGCUGUGCAGCCCACAAGCUCUGGUGACGCCGGCGACGCCGCAGCGCAGGCCGAGCACGCGCCCAGCACGCCCUCAACGGAGGUCAUUGGCGAGGGGCCGGGCGGCACGGGAGGCGACGGGCCAGAGCAGGACGACCCGUCGCCGCCCAACGGUCUCAACGGUCCUACCGGGUCAGCACUGCAGCAGCCACAGCAGCCGCGGCUGCCUCAGCUGCUGCAGCCGGCAUCUGCGGUCCAGUUGUUCAUGGCUGGGGGCAGCGGCGCCACCAGUGCAGCGGCCGGUGCUGGUGCUGGUGCUGAUGCUGAUGCUGCUGGCGCGGACGAGGAGCCUCGUGCCGGGUCGCCGGGACUCCCAUCGCCAGGCCAGCAACUGGUGCUGCCGCCCGCGCUGCCGCCUACACGCGUAUCGCAGCAGAUGCGGCGCCAGCUGCACCAACACAUCCAGCAGCAGCACGACCAGCAGCUUCAACCGCAACCGCAACUGCAACGACAACCGCCGGCGGCUGCGUCGCAGCAUGAUGGUGGCGAACGCGCUACGGCGGUGGCGCCGGCGGUGGCGAGGCAAGCCGGUGGUCCGCCGGAGGGCCCCACAGUGGUGCUGGCACCUGAGCAGCCGCAAGGCGCCCCGUCAACACAACUGGACGCCCAGCAGCAACCACGAGGCCAGCCGCAGCGCAUAGGGCAGCAAGGGCAGCUGCAGCAGGGGCAGCCGCAGCCGCCAUCGCAGCUGCAGCAGGGGCAGGCCACGGCGUCGGGCGCUGCUGGGCCCGGCACUGCACAGCCAGUCCCGGAAGGCAUGGCUGCGGCGGCGGGCGGUGCUUGGACCCAACCGCCGCACUUGCUGCAGGCGACACAGCAGCAACAACAGCAGCAACAACAGCAGCAACAACAACAGCAGCCCAUGGGUGCUCCGGACCUGCGCCAUGAUGCCCGCAUGCCACCCACGCGAGGCCUGUCGAGGCAGAACGUCAUGCGGCCAGGGCAGCCUGGUCAGCAGCAGCAGCAGCCGCCACAGCAGCAACAGCAGCAGCAGCCGCGACAGCAGCAGUGGCAGUCGCAAUAUACGCAACGGCAACAGGACCCUGCCCCUGCACCACCCCAAGGAAGGCUGCCAUCUUCUCUGUCACAGCAUCUUCACCCGCAACAGCAGCAGCCGCACGCUGUUGCGCCUUCGGGGCACAGCUCCCAGUACGGCCUCCGCCCGAAGCAGCAGCAACUCCAACAUCAACACCAGCAGCAACACCAACAUCAACAGCAGCUGCGAGCCGAAGUGGCGGACCUGACUGCGGGAGCCACCCCUGACGUGCAUGCUUCACAGCCAGCCCCGGCCCCGCUCAACCAGCAGCCGCAACAACAACAGCAGCCGCAACAGCUGCAGCAGCAACAACAACAGCCGCAGUCGCAACAACAGCCGCAGCAGCAGCAGUACCAGCAACAUCAACAGCCACAGUCGCAACAACAGCCGCAGCAGCAGCAAUACCAGCAGCAGCAGCAGUACCAGCAGCAGCAGCAGCAGCAGCAGCAGCGGUAUGGUGGGGCUGCAGGCCGACACGUGUCGCAGCCCGAGCACCAGGCGGCUGGCUACGGCGACGGCGAUGGUGACGGCGCGGCACCAGGCACUACUGGCGACGGCGACGGCGGCUUUGGGCAAGGAGGCGGUGAUGGCGUGCUGCAGCCGCCACAGCUGGAACAAGGACAGCAGGAGGAAGAGUACGAGCAGCAACAGUACGAGGAGCAACAGGAGCAGCAGUACGAGCCGUACAAUGCGGAGCAGCAGCAGCAACUGUACGAAGAUCAGCAGCAGCAGCAGCAAGGACAGCAUGAUGAGGAGGAAGGGGAGCAGCAGUACGACGACCAAGCACUCAUGUACGACCAGCAGUACCAGCACGCACACAACCAGGCGUACGACCAGCAGCAGUACGAACUGCAGCAACAACUGCUGUACGAACAGCAGCGGCGGCAGCAACACCAGCAGCAGCAGUACCAGGCGGAGGGCGGCGAAGCCGGUGAUAUGCAGUACGACGAGCACCUGCAGCAGCACGAUGGCCAGCAGUACUAUCCCAACCACCACGGCUACGGAGCGUACGGGCACGAGGAUCCGGAGGCAGCGGCUGGGGGCCACGUGGCGGCGGCGCCGUACUACGAUGGCAACGAUGUCGACGCUGACGGUUACGUGCAGGCGGGCGGUUACGGCGGCGGUGCCGAAGACGGCGGCGCUGGCGCCGGUGAGUACGACAACGGCGACGGCGGCCAUGGCAUGUACGGCAGCGUGCCGUAUCAUGGCGAGCACAUGGAGGUGGACGGCGGCACCCACGAUGGCGCGCACCCGUACGGCGACGAUUGCGGAGAUGGAGGCGUGCAGUAUACGUCUGGCGUUGACACGGAGGAGCCCGCAGCGGCAGCGGCCGGCGGUGCCGCCGCUACUGGCGGAGCCGCACCCGGCGCCGUGGCUGCUGCCGCUGGUACUGCUGACGGCGGCGGGCCGCAGACGCCCGGCGCCAUCUACUGUUACGUGGAGCAGAACGGCCAGAUGGUGCGUCAGGCGCUGCAGAUCGAUGCGGCGAUGAUGCGCCAGCUCAAGGAGAUGGCGGCGCGGCAGGGCGGUCCGGUCACUUUGGAGCUGCCGCUGGCGGCCCUGGCGGGUGGGCAGCUGGCGGCGGGCGGAGGCGGAAGUGGAGGUGCGGGCGCGGGCGGGCCAGAGGCGGCGGCGGGACUGGAGGCCCAUGGGGCUCAGCAGCUGCAUGCUGGUCAGGGCGGCGUUGCGGGCGGUGGUGAACUGCAUGGGUAGGGUUGUGAGACUUGAAGACAAACUGGCACCUUGGGCAUGCAUGAGGGAUAAGGGUCGGCGCAGUCCAUGUGAAUUCGGCAGCGUGUGCAGGCUGGUGUGUGUAAGCGGCGUGUACUGCGCGUGCCGCAUGUUGUCGUGCGGCGCGACGUGGCUUACUACAUGGUGCGGCGGGUGCAGCGUGUGCGCGUUGCGAUGCAUGACGAGCAAGGGGUCUGCGCACCGUUCUCAAGCGUUGAACGCAGCCGGACGCACUAGACUGCACAACUACUGGCAGGCACACCUGCUCAAGAGAGGCAAUGUACCUAUGCCUCAGAUGGGUUGCAAGGUCCGUAUUGCCAACGGGCAUAUGAGAUCUGUUGUUGAGGCGGCAGAAUCGCUCUGCUGGGCUGACGGCUACUUGUGCCCGAACGGCUGUGUGCACUGGCUGUGAUCGGGGCUGUCAGGCUCAAGCGGCGAGCGUGCCUGCUUCAUGUCUGCUGCAAAAGAGAUAAGUUCAGGUCGGGAUGGUGGUCGCAGAAGUAUGCAUCUGCAUGGGCUAAGUAGUUCAUGGGGGUCGUGCCUGGGGCAUUCAUUGAGAGACGGGCUUGGAUGGGGUCUGCUAUUCGCCAUCCUAGCUAGGUAGGUAGUAAGGCACGCGGCGUGACACGUGGCGGGCGCCCCUAGGGCGGUUUCUUGUGUGGUGGGGCAGUGCAUGCGGCAGCAAUGUGGACUGAUUGCGUGCAUGGUAUUGGCCCUACCGGGUGUGCAUGUUCCUUCAAAGAAACAAUCUAAACGAAAGCGGCAACAUCAAGCUGCGCCUGACAAUAUGGUACCCUCCGCCGGAUAGUACAAGAGAUUGUGAUGAGUUGCAUUACUAGCAAGUUAUAGCGCUUAGGGGGGGCCGUUGCAAUGCAGUUGUGCACCGCGCGGCUCGAUGUUCACGUGUGAACGUCCAAGAAUAAAAGGUACUGUAUCAGGAAGGUUGGAGCAGAGCGCGGCUGGCUGUCCGGCAGCACGUGUGUGCUUCCAGGCGUGCUCCAGCAUUGAUGCAAGCUGCGCAGUUCUUCAUUUGGGAUUGCGAGUAUAACUUUGAUUUGAUGCGAGGAGCACAAUGGCGGCUUGGUGGCUUGCGCUGAGAAGUGUGGAAGAUGUCGGCGAUUUCCCCUACGCAAUGGUUUACGACGGCACGUGAAGCGGGCAGCAGCACCCAGGCAGGUCAUGGGCCGCCUGGCGAGAUCUCGGAGUGCGGGGUACGACACAGCUGGCUUCCCCGCUUGAAAGGCGUCCGUAUGGCUGGUGGCAUGGAGGUGGAGGCAGGUCAGACCGCACAGCAACGUGACCUCUGCCUUGGCUGUGCGUGUGUGCACAACUUUGUCAAGUUUAACAAGGCCGCGGUCACAACUUGGGUUGCCUGUCAUGCCGGCGUUGCUGCAGUCACUCUUGGCAAAAGCUGGAUGGUCGGAUGCUGGAUGGUCCGCUGGCUGGAGUGCUGUACGGUGCUCGGCCAGGUCGAUGCAUCAGCCCCUGCCUCGCCCACCGGGGAACAUACGGCACACUGCCACGCUAUCCCACUUUCGUAGGCCCCGUGCGCAUGUGUGUGUAUGUGUGUGCAUUCCUGAUACCUGCAACUAGACUAACCGACCACAGACCUGCACGAGGCAAAAGUCAUGUCCGCGCACACAGCGGGUGUAGUCUCACGCCAGUAG